UGGUAUUCAUUCUGGCGCGGUUGCUAGAGUACGCAGGGCUGGUCGUCAGCUCGAAGUGCCGCCGUCUCUGUGAGCCGACCGGAGGGUUUUUCGGCCCAAACUCUGGCUGCCAUGAAGGAGGGCAAGGAGGAGAGCAGUGCACCCGAGGACGAGCCCAAUGGCGUGCCAGAUGAGGGGCGGCUGCCAGAAUUCCUGCGGGGCCACGUGGAGAUUGGCACGUACGUGCCCGUGGCAAUGCCCAAGGCGGGCGACUUCCGCAUGGACGAGUCGGAGGCCCUGUUGGAGGCGCCGUCGCUGGUCACGCCACUGCUCAUCAAGCGGCCGGACCAGUUUGCGUCGCGGGGAGAGCGGAAGCGGAGCCCCAGGCCAGCCCCCCUGGCCAAGGGUGGGAACUCGGUGGCGGACUUCUUUGGCAGCUCGGCGGGCGAGUUCCUCAUUGGCCUGGGCCUGAGCCGGGCCCUGGAGGUGUUCAAUCGGGACAUGAUGCGCCUCAAGGAACGCGAGAUGAAGAAAGCAGGCGGCCGCACACCCGAGCUGGUGGCGGAGCACCAGCGGCUGGCCGAGGCGUACCAGCAGGCCAAGGCAGCCAAUGCUCCCUACACGUUUCGUGUCAAGCCCUGUCGGGUGUGUGACUUCAAGACUGAGUCGAGCCUGGUGCUGGAGGGCCACCUGCUCACGCCACAUUUCACAUCUCGCCGGGAGCUGCAGUGCAGCUUCUGCAACUUCGUGACGCGCGACGCCAAGGCCAUAGUGUUCCACAUGGAGGCGAUCCACAACCGACUGCCCACCAUGGAGUCGCCGCCCCAGUUCUACGAGUGCCCCUUCUGCCCCUUCGAGACAAACCUCAAGACAAAGGCGAGCGGCCACGUGAACCGCUGCCAGAAGUACUUCAACAAUGGCAUGAACCAGCUGCCGGCGGGCGACUUCCAGCCGCCGGGCGUGACGGCCAAGCCCAUCACGGUGGACGACAUCAAGACCUACGAGAAGUUCUUCCUGGCCCUGGGUGGUGGCACGGCCAAGGCGCGCACCUACACGGCCCUGAGUCGCAACGGGGCCCCUGUGGCUGGCCCCCGGCCCCUGUACCAGCAGCUGGCGUCGGCGGCGGCCCUGGGGCGGGGCCGGGGUCGCCCGCGCCUGGCCCUAAUCCAGCCGGCCCCGACCUCGGGCCAAGUGUUCCAGGUGCUGGGGGGCGGGUCGGAGGUGGUGCCUCUGCUCAACGGCAGCCCCCAGCUCACGGUAACGCUGGCCCGGGCCCCGGCCCCGGCCAACGGGAGUGGCCGCCUGGCGCCCCGGGCGCCCCCCGCGGCGGCCGGCCAGCGGGCCCGCACACCCGUCAUCCUCGAGUCGAGCGGGUCGGGCCAGGCCUUUGUCAUCUGUGAGAUCUGCGACGGCUACAUCAAGGACCUGGAGCAGCUGCGCACGCACAUGCAGUGGAUCCACAAGGUGAAGAUCCACCCCAAGAUGCUGGCCUCGCGGCCACCCCUCAACUGCCAGAAGUGCCAGUGGCGCUUCUUCACGGACCAGGGUCUGGAGCGCCACCUGCUAGGCGCCCACGGCCUGGUCACCUCCAACAUGCAGGACCUGGCCAACUCUGGCCAGGACGGCGGCCGCUGCACGGUGUGUGGCCGCAUCUAUGCCUCGAAGCUGGUGGCCCACAUGAGCCAGGUGCACCGGGUGGUGCUCAAGCCGGCCCACCUGUCCUACAAAUGCACGGUGUGCACAGCCACCUUCAACCUGUACAAGCUGUUUGAGACGCACGUGUACACGGUGCACAGCGGGGCCAUGAAGCGGUCUGCCCCGGCGGCAGCCCCCGACGAGCGCCCCCCCAAGCGGCCUGCCGAGGCCCGCCCCGCCGAGACCCGCCUGGAGCGCUGCGCCGCCUGCGGCCUGGACGUGGCCGACCUGGGGGCCCACCUGAAGGAGCAGCACGUGCGGCCCUGCCGCGUGCGCGUGUGCCACAUUGAGAAGUGUGACCGGUGCCUGUGCUCGUUCGACGGCAUGAUUGUGCUGCACACGUCGGACUUUGGCGACAGCUCGGACGAGGAGGAGGACGCCCCAGAGGGCCCGCCGGCCUCCUCCGAGUGACCCCGCCCCCGGCGAGUUAUUUAUUCCCGCCCUUUUUUCUACAAAUACUCAAAGGGGCCUCCCUCCGGCAAGCAUCUGGGCUGUACCACCCGAGGGCGUCCUCUUUGCUCGGAACGUUUGGAAACGGUGGCGUUUUAACGGAGUUUGCAGAGUUGUGAUAAAGCCGUCUUUUUGUUGUACGCUCUGACAUUGAAUCAAGUAAAGUAAUUUGACUUCCCGACCUGUGGCGCCCGGCUGUGCUGGGCCUUCUGUGUGUGUGGCCUCGUCGCCCAAGUGAGUAUCCCCGGGCCUGUGGACAGGCUCAUUGUUUGCGGCCACACCCUGUUGGAAGCUCGUCUAGCGUGCUUCUCGGUCUACCAGGCAUUAGUUAGGCCACCAUUAAAAGGAAGGGCCGAUGGAAUUGGCUUAGUGCUGCAUCAAAGGGCUUUCCCUGCUACAUCCCGCCGUGUUUGACCAAAAGAGGAGGGUGCCCAAAGUUCCUUUGACUUUCUCAGUAGUGAAGCCCCAAGCUCCCUUUGAGUUAUUGCUUGCAUGCAUUUCGGCAAUGUUGGGUUGUUGCUGGGACUGUAUUUGAUCAUGGUCGUUUGGGGCCUGCGGGUCGGUUAAAUGUGCUUCUCGCUGUGGGGUAACGACACCUGCCGAGUGGACACUGGGGUCCGGCGUAUCGCUUUGCUGCAGCCCUCUCCAGGCUGGGCAUUGGGGAAAGACACAAGCUGGCCGAAUGGCCAUGGAACAGCUCUACCAUGCAGUAAAAUCUGGAAGGAGAAAAAUA